GAGUUUGAGAGAUUGGACGUGGAAAGGUUGGAAAAGGGGGGGGUUGGCGAUGCUGCAUGGCGUCGGCGUCGUGAUGAAGGUGCUCCCCCCCCCCAACCGCCACUCCCGUCCGUCAGUCCGUCCCUAUAGCUUCGGUGUAGUCGCCGUAUUUCUAGGCAGGUGCCAUCGGGACGUCGUUGAGUGCGCUUCGGCGUUUCCAGUGACUCCCGCACACACUCGAUCUCCUUGGUCUUAUAUUUUUGAUCGUGAGCGAAUCAAACGAUUUUGUCGUGUUGUUUUGUGUGUGUUUGUGUGGACCAGUCAGACACUAUCAACUCCCCACCACCACCACCACACAACAUUGUUGUUUGAGUGUUGUGGUUGUUGUUGUUUCAACCCCCAUUUGCCAUUUGCCAUCAAAGAGUUGUAUAAUCACGGGCUGUGGGGUUGGCAGCUCCUCGAGACGGUGCACUGCAAUGUCAGCCAGGAUGUAAGUUUUCGACUUGUCACUUGAUUCUUUUCAAUUUUUUCAAUUGGGAGAUGGCGGAAGAAAAAAAGAGUCGUCCUCUUGACACGUUGGUGGCCCAUUUUGACACCUGGCCAUUGCGUCACGCCCUGGUGGUGGGAGGGGCCUUUUUUCUUGAUAGACACGGUAAAGAUGGAUGAUUGACCGCAUCGCGGUCUCACAUUCACGGCGCCCCGCUAACGACACUAUGUCUGUCCGUCGUCAAAGAAAAUUCGAUCCCGAAUUUGAUGAUGGGGAAAAAGAAGAAAAAGUAACGCGGGAGAACGACGGACGACGUUGUUGUUGUGAUCAUCUCCGUGUUUUUCUUUUGACUUGUUCUUUCUUUCUUUUUGGGAGGGUUCGUGUUGCCAGGACUCUCUCUACCCCGUUGCUCCGUGUGUCCUUGAUCUUCAAGAAUGUUGUGUGUGUCUAUUUCUUUUCGUGAGUUUCUCCCUCACGUUCGGCUUCACCCGUUAGUGUGUUGCUGCUGACGCAGAUCACAGUCUUCUUCAUCCCCUCUAUCAUUUUCUUCUUUUUCUUCUUUGAGAUAAGAAAAAAAAUAGAAAAUAAAAAAAUAGUCUCUGCGUGAUGAGCUUCUACUUUUCUUUUUUCUUCCAUCGACUGGAUGGGACAUUUUCCCUCCGUUCGGGAAAAAAGAAAAGGAAAAACUCUGACUGGCUCCUGGCUCCCUCUCUAUUUAUUAUUUGUAAGCUAUACACAAGAAGGCAGUGAGUGAGUGAGUGAGAGUAAACUUUUUUUUCUGCUUCUCCUUCACAUAUUUAAGAGUCUGCCAUCCGGUGAAAUAUGUAGAAGACGCCGAGAUAGAUAGACUAGUAGUAGUAGACCGAGAGGCCUAUAUACGCUUUAUAUAUAUAUAUAUAUAUGUACGCCUGGAAAUCAAUACUGGUGUAUGGCAAUCAAUAGCGGGAGACACUCCCGCCCGAAACAUACGUGUGCAGACUAUGUGUACACCUUUUUAUUUAAGACUAUUUUUUUAAUUAUUUUAUUUUAUUUUUCUGCUUUUUUUUUUAUUGCGUUUAUUUUUUCUUUUUCUUUUUGAAAAUGAUUUUUCUUUUUGCUAGCGACUGCGUUUGUCGCUUUGGUGCAAUCGUGUGGCAACGCCGCACCAACUUUUUUUUUCUUUUUCGUUUGGCACAACUUUGACAGUUCGAAUUCGUCGGCUUCUGUGUCACCGCGUGAUUUUAAUAAAGAAUUGACUCAAGGAAAUCAUGUGCCUCUCUAGACGGCCGAGAGACCAAAGGCUUUGCCUGCGGGAAUUAGACCAACGUAAUCAGGAAGACUCUUGGUGGGCCAACCAGUGGUCUCCCUGGACGCUGCAGGACUGCUGCUGCUGCUGCUGUCUCAAACACAAAGUGGCUCAGUGCAGUUGGAUUGGUUCGCCCAGUUGCCCAGCAUCAUCAUCGCCCGUCCACCCGAGUUGUGAGUUGUAGUGUCACGGCCACGUUGGUGCUGGCCGUCGUUGGAGUAGCCGUUAGGUCUUGUCCAGCCAGCAGAAUCCCAAACAAGAAUGAUCUCGACCACGUCAGUCGUUGGGCCAGCAAGGUCGACGACGCAGCGCAAACGCCAACGAUUGGAUCAGCUGGUCGGCAGAAUCGCCCACUUGGUCGGCAGUGCUCCCAUUGGUAGGAUCACUAAUAGCGCUCAUUCCAGUGUCGGUUGUGGCGGUCCCGUCGCCAGGAACAAGAACCGCAACAACAACAACAUCCGCAGUAGUAGUAAUCAUAGUAGUCUCCGCAACAACAACAAAAACAACAACAACAACAACAACAAUAGUGAGCCGGAGAUAAUCGAAGGCAUCGAUCAACGCGGACGCAUUUGCGUCAGUCUCUCCGAGGAAGAAGAAGAAGAAGAAUACGAAGAAGAAGAAGAAGAGGAGGAAGAAGAAGAAGAAGAAGAAGAGGAACCCGUGUCGGUCAGCAUGGAGUCGUCGGUGGGGAGUGGCGAGUCUCCGUCGCCGCAGCAGCAACAGACUUUGAUGUCCAUGUCUCGAUUGCGGAUGCGGGGCAAUUUGCGACACAUCCAGCACGUCCACCACCUGCAUCCGCACCAGCACAGUGGCGGCCAAGUGUUCAGUUUCGACCACGUCAUGCCGGCCGUCGUGGCGGCGGCCGUCUGCUCGGCCCAGCGCAGCGCCAGCAUGACGCAGAGCGACGAGGAAGGCGAGGAGGAAGUGUUUAGUCCCGGAUUGGGUCUCACCUCGUCCUACUCUGACCGGCUGAGUCAACUCAGCCCGUGCAGUCAGGGCAGCGCCACCUUCGUCGACUCGCCCAGCGGCAUCUCCUUCAGUCCGCUGAGCUUUGCCGCCGAACCGCCGGCCAACGACCAGACGGACCCGUCGGCCACCGCGUUCACUCGCAGCCGAUCGCUCACCGUGCCGGACGCGGCCACGCCCCUCAACUUGUCCACCAGCGGAGGAGUCAAGGAGAGAGGAGUCGCUCAUUAUCAUCAUCCGCACCAGCACCACCAGCUUCAUCAUCAUCUUCAUCAGGCCAUCACUCCGCCUCACGCCUCCAGCUCGCCGUUUCAUCAUUACAUCAGCAGCCUGACGGGCCAACCCAUGCGCCCGGCAGCUCCCGUCUCUGGCGGCUCCUUCCUCCUCGACGUGGUGGAGCCGUCGAAUCGUAGACGGGCCAGGUCCGACUCGGAUUUGUGCAGCGAUUCCGUUUCGGAGCGACUGAUGGCCGGCGGUCAAGUCGAAUCCUCGUCGAAUCACCAGGCGACAACAACGACGACAACACCUCUGGCCGCUCCGGCCUCCUGGGUCCUGACGCCGGCCAUGUCCGCCGCGGCGUCCCAGUCGCUCAACGGCAGCAGCGGCAGCAGCAGCGGUGGUGGCAGUGCUGGUCACGGCCACCACCAGCGGCUGAGCCGACUGGAACACUUGCGGCCGCCGCCGCUGAUGGUGUCGCUCAAGCGCAACUCGUCCGACUCGACCGACAGCUGGUCGCCGCUCUUUGGCCAGCAAGAGUCUCCCGUCGACUUGUCUGUCCGCUCUGGCAGCAGCGUCAGCUCCGACAGCCCCAACCAGACCAACAGCACCAACACGAGCACGGCCUCUGUGUCGUCGUCCGAGUUGUUGUCGGCCUUCUCCUCUCCGCUGUGCGGCGGACUGGAGACGCCGCCUCCGUCGCAUCCGUCGCAUCUGACGGCGACGUCUUCGCGUGUGGGCAAAUCGCGCGGGUCGCGACUCAAAGCUCUGACGCGCAGCCUGUCGCUGUCGCAGUACCUCUCGGCCGUCGAAUAUUCCUCCUCGUCCGUCGACUUGUCGGCCGACAGCGAGGCCAUUUCGCCCAUCUCUAUGGCCGCUCCGCUUUUGCUUCCGGGCGGCCCCCAUCCGGCCGCCUUCGGCUGUGAGAUUUGCGGCCAGAUUUUCGACCAGCACGACCGGCUGGUCAAACAUUUGACGUCGCGGCACAAGUUGCCCGUCCAACUGCAAAGGACUUCAGCCCUGCUCAACGGUGGCACCACCAGUGGCGCCACGACCCCAACCAUUUCAUCGUCGGCUGCAGCAGCAGCAGCAGCUGGACCCGUCCCCUCGGCCGAUUCCGGCGUGGUCGUCAAGGGCUACCAGUGCGAAGUGUGUCAGCGGCCGUUUGCCCGCAGCGACAUGUUGACUCGCCACAUGCGGCUGCACACGGGUCUCAAGCCGUACACUUGCCGCAUCUGCGGCCAGGUGUUUUCACGCUCCGAUCACCUCAGCACCCACCAGCGGACGCACACGGGCGAGAAGCCCUACCGCUGCCCGCAGUGCUCCUACGCCGCCUGCCGACGCGACAUGAUUACCAGGCACCUCAGGACGCACACCCGCAGCGAAGACUUGGACUUGGGCCAUGUCUCCGAUCCACGGUGCAAAGAUUCCGGAUAAAAAAGAAAAAUUCCGGAAUGACAUCCCCCCCCCGUUUUUAAUAAUCUGUCAUUGAUUGGGUGUUUUUUUUUAAUUAUUAUUUAUGUGUGUGUCUUUGCUACACAUCUCGUUUGUUCUACUCGUUUCUUUUUGGCCCCUCCCACCAAUAGAGAGGGUGGGGGGAAUCCGGAAUGGAUUGCGUAUGGCUAAAUUCCCAAUUCACAUUGCGGUUGUGUGUCUAAACAAAGGCAAGAAAGAUGGCGAUGAUGUUGUUGUUCCGUGAAAAAGAUUUCAUAUUUGGUUUUCCUAAUUCUCUUCCGAAUGGAGGAUUGAAUAGGAAAGCGCAUUCAUCCGCAAUUUCUUGCGGUGGAGCUUCCGUUUUCUCCAUCGACAACAGCAACCAACUCUCCCAAUUUGCUCCAUUCCAAUUCGUUGACUCGAUGACCUGAGUAUCUCUCUCUGUGUGUGUGUGUGUGACUUCGUCUUUCCAUUUAUAACCUCCACUGUUGUUGCUCUCACCAUCCGCUGGUCGUGUCUUAUUAUGUCGCCAUUUCGAUUAUUUGACCUUCUUCCCUCGUUUCCACUCCGCACAGACUCACGCAGUGAGUACACACACACCACACGUAUUUUGAUUUUCCACCUCUAAUUAGCGAGUUGGAUGUAUUGAAAAAAAAGACAAAAAAAAAAGAGUCCCAUCGACUGAUUGUAUCAUGCUAUGUAUAAAUUACCUGAGACUGUGUUCAAAAAUUGUCACCACAGAGCCGACGACAACAACAACAACCAUUUCUCCUGCUCCUCAACCCGUUUCUUUUGGUUUUUGUUGUCCUCCCAGCGUGUGUGCUGGUUGCGCGGGUCUGUGGACAAGUCGUGUCGUGAUUACCCACAUUAUCUUUCUCUCCCUCUCUCUCUCGUGUUCGUGCUCGCGCGAGCGAGAUUGAGCUCACUGGCCGUCAUUAUGGAGCGACGACGACGUCUUGCUGCGCUUCUUUCCUCUCCCGACCCCGCCCAAUUUGAGACGAAGAAUUAUUGAGGUUAAAGCGACAAGGAGAAGAACAAACAAAUGUGUGCUGCAGUUGCGCAGUGUGGGCUUUUUUUGAUUAUUUGAUUUUCUUUUUUUUUUGUUCAAAACCGAACGGACCUCACAGAUCAGAUCCGAUUGUCAGCAGAUUCGGGAUCGUCGGUUACCCCCCAUUUUUUCCCUUCAUUCUGAAACUCGCUCACCCCCCUUACAAACUUUAAUUGCCGUUUGAUUCACCCCCCAUCUUUUAUUUUCUCUCUCUCUCUCUCUAAAUAGAUAUACAGAAGAUUUUAUAUAUUAUAUUAUCGAUUCUAUUACGUCGAAACAAAAGCCAAUCAUUUGUCUUUUAUUUUCCAUGCGUGUGUGUGUGUUUCAGAUUCCAGAAGCUCAGUACAAGAAUUGUAUAUACAUGUUCGCACAGACACAACAAACACAAUGUAGUUUUUCUUUGACGUUUGAUUUCGAUCCAACCACUUUAUUAUUACGUCUCUCUCUCUCUCUCUAUCUCUCUCUGGCUCAUCGAUUUUGUCCUUAAUUGUGAAUAACUUGUUUUGAAAUCAUCUCUUUAGCUUCCCGUAUCAUGUUGUUUCACUACCCGCCGAUCCUUCCCCUCCGCCAUUCGAAUGGAGACGAAAACAAA